GCACAGAGACAUAGCGGAAGUGGAGAUGAAAGGUUGUAAACAUGGCGCCGGCCUUAGAAGACGAUGAAAUCGACAACAACGAUUACUAUUCUUUACUUAAUGUCAGAAGAGAGGCGACACAGGAGGAGCUGAAGGGAUCAUACAGGCGACUGUGCAUGCUCUACCACCCAGACAAGCACAGAGACCCAGAAUUAAAGAGGCAGGCAGAGCAGCUCUUUAACCUAGUGCAUCAAGCUUAUGAGGUCCUAAGUGACCCACAGUUACGAGCCAUCUAUGACAUCUAUGGCAAGAGAGGGCUGGAUGUUGAAGGAUGGGAGGUGGUGGAGAGAAAAAGAACUCCAGUAGAGAUCCGAGAGGAGUUUGAGCGUCUGCAGAGAGAGAGGGAGGAGAGACGGCUACAGCAGAGGACUAAUCCCAAGGGGAUGAUCAGUGUGGGUGUAGAUGCCACAGACCUCUUUGAUCGCUAUGAGGAGGAUUACAAGGAUUUGCCCGGAGGGGGCUUCCCACAUGUUGAGAUCAACAAGAUGCACAUAUCACAAUCCAUAGAGGCCCCCCUCACCACCACAGACACAGCUGUUCUCUCUGGCUCCCUGUCAACCCAUAACGGAAACGGAGGAGGAAACAUUAACCUGGCACUACGGCGAGUCACCUCUGCUAAGGGAUGGGGGGAGGUAGAGUUUGGGGCAGGAGACUCACACGGGCCCCUCUUAGGAAUGAAGAUAUUCCGCAACCUCACUGCUCGCUGCUUUGUGACUGCUCAGUGUGGACUCCAGUUCUCAUCCCGGGGCGUGCGGCCUGGUUGCACCACGGUGCUGGCUCGGCACCUGGACAAGAACACCAUGGGUUACCUGCAAUGGCGCUGGGGCACCCAGUCCUCCAUGAACACCAGCAUCGUCAGGGACACCAAGACCAGCCACUUCACCUUCGCCAUGCAGCUUGGGAUCCCUCACUCCUUCAUGAUGAUGAGCUACCAGUACAAGUUCCAGGACGAUGAACAGACCAAAGUCAAGGGCUCAAUCAAAUCUGGCUUUUUUGGGACAGUGGUGGAGUACGGUGCGGAGAGGAAGAUCAGUCGGCACAGUGUCCUGGGGGCAACCGUCAGUGUAGGAGUACCUCAGGGAGUUUCCCUCAAGAUAAAGCUGAACCGUGCCAGCCAGACAUAUUUCUUCCCCAUCCAUCUGACUGACCAGCUCCUGCCCAGUGCAGUGUUCUACGCCACGGUUGGACCACUCAUCUUCUACCUCGCUAUCCAGAGACUCAUCAUAAGGCCCUACGUGUGUGCCCAGCAGGAACAGGACCUAGAGAAGCACCGGGAGAGUUCAGCCUCGGACAUUGCUAGGAAAAAGCAGGAGGCAGAAUCUGCUGUUCUGCUAAUGCAGGAGUCUGUGCGCAGGAUCAUUGAAACUGAGGAAUCCAGAAUGGGUCUCAUCAUCCUCAACGCUUGGUAUGGCAAGUUUGUGACCGACAACAGUCGGAGGCAUGAGCGGGCAAAGGUCAUUGAUGUGUCUGUUCCACUGCAAUGCUUGGUGAAGGACUCCAAGCUCAUCCUCACCGAGGCUACAAAGACUGGAUUACCUGGGUUCUAUGACCCCUGUGUGGGGGAGGAGAAGAGCCUGAAAGUCCUGUAUCAGUUCCGGGGGGUGAUGCAUCAAGUUCUCUCCCCUGAUGGGGAAGCACUCAGGAUACCAAAACAAUCUCACAGGAUUGAUGCUGACACAUAGGAGCCUCUUUUCUGGACCAAAAGGGACAUGACACAAUGUUAAACUUUGACAAUGGAUGGACAGACUUGUAUUGUAGAGACACGGAGUUACUCAUUGUGCCCUAAAAAGUCAAGCAUAUCCACCUUCAUGUUGUCCAUCUAAUUAUGCCGAUGAGACAUGUCAGAAAUGUACUCCGCAGGGGUUGCCCUUUUGAAUGAAAUUCACUCUAAAUUCACUCUAAAAAUGGGAUGGUCAUAAUCUCGCUUUCCUCAGCCUACAGUAGUCUAUGGAUCUUUAAAGUACUCCCCUUUCAGGUAUGGCUUGUAAUGUCUGACUCUGUACUGUACUAACACUGCAGUGCCUAUGUGACCCUAUUGAAGGUAUGAAUGCAUCUCUGUAUAUGCCAUAUUAUUAAAGUCAAUAAUAUUUUCAAGCUGCAAUAACUCAUUUGGGAAAUUGUGCUUGAAACAAUAUUUUGUCACAAUUUCGUUUGUUUUUUUAACUUUAUUUUUUAUUAAACAAACUAAUGGGCUUUCUGAAAUGUAAAUAAUGAUACAAGAGUAUAAGGAUUAUUGGCCUGCACAUUUGUACAAAAUGAUCAAAGAUGAUUGGAAGUGUGCCCCACCUUCUGUGUGGUUUGCACUGUCAGGAGAUCAAUUGAUAAGCCUAUGACAUCUGGGUGUCCAGUGCCUGACCGGUUAGUGAAUAGUACAAGGCUGACUAUCUCCCUUCUCAUGCAGUAUAAAAUCACACUCUGAUAACAUGACAUACUGUACUUAGAAGUACAGAAAAUAACAGACCAGGUGUAGGGCUAUAAUCAGUUCUGUCAUUUGAGUGGUUUAUUGUUGACAUUUUAGAUCUAAUUCACCGUAGUCCCAAGUUUUAGGGUAACUUGACAGAUGGGGAAUAUGUUAGAAAAAGUACACUGCCGGUCAAAAGUUUCAGAACACCUAUUCAUUCAUAGUUUUUUCUUUAUUUUUACUAUUUUCUACAUUGGAGAAUAAUAGUGAAGCCCUCAAAACUAUGAAAUAACACGCAUGGAAUCAUGUAGUAACCAAAAAAGUGUUAAGCAAAUCUAAAUGUAUUUGUUAUUAUUCAAAUAGCCAUCCUUUGACAGCAUUGCGCAUUUUUGUCAUUCUCUCAGCCAGCUUCACCUGGAAUGCUAUUCAAUAGUCUUGAAGGAGAUCCCACAUACGCUGAGCACUUGCCGGCUGCUUUUCCUUCACUCUGCGGUCCAACACAUCCCAAACCAUCUCAAUUGGGUUGAGGUCGGGGGAUGGUGGAGGCCAGGUGAUCUGAUGCAGUACUCCAUCACUCUCUUUCUUGGUAAAAUAGCCCUUAUACAGAAUGGAGGUGCUUCUACACCUGCAUUGCUUGCCGUUUGAGGCUGGGUUUCUGUACAGCACUUUGUGACAUCAGCUGAUGUAAGAAGGGCUUUAUAAAUACAUUUGAUUGAUUGAUUGUCCUGUUGAAAAACAAAUUAUAGUCCCGCAAAGCAGAUGGGAUGGCGUAUCGCUGCAGAAUGCUGUGGUAGCCAUGCUGGUUAAGUGUGCCUUGAAUUCUAAGUAAAUCACAGACCGUGUCACCAGCAAAGCACCAUAACACCACCUCCUCCAUGCUUUAUGGUGGGAAAUACACAUGUGGAGAUCAUCCGUUCACCCACACCGUGUCUAACAAAGACAAGGCGGUUGGAACCAAAAAUCUCAAAUUUGGACUCAAAUGUCCAAUGCUUGUGUUUCUUAGCCCAAGCAAGUCUCUUAUUGGUGUCCUUUAGUAUUGGUUUCUUUGCAGAAAUUUGACCAUGAAGGCCUGAUUCGCACUGUCUCCUCUGAACAGUUGAUGUUGAGAUGUGUCUGUUACUUGAACUCUGAAGCAUUUAUUUGGGCUACAAUUUCUGAGGCUGGUAACUCGAAUGAACAUAUCCUCUGCAGCAGAGGUAACUCUGGGUCUUCCUUUCCUAUGGCGGCCAUCGUGAGAGCCAGUUUCAUCAUAACACUUGAUGAUUUUCUGGAUUGACUGACCUGCAUGUCUUAAAGUAAUGAGGGGCUGUGGUUUCUCUUUGCUUAUUUGAGCUGUUCUUACCAUAAUAUGGACUUGAUCUUUAACCAAAUAGGGCAAUCUUCUGUAUACCAACCCUGACCUUGUCACAACACAACUGAUUGGCUCAAACGCAUUAAGAAGGAAAGAAAUUCCACAAAUUAACUUAUAUUAAGGUACACCUGUUAAUGAAAAUGCACUACAGGUGAUUACCUCAUGAAGCUGGUUGAGAGAAUGCCAAGAGUGUGCAAAGCUGUCAUCAAAGCGUGGCUAUUUGAAGAAUCUAAAAUAUAUUUUCAUUUUACACUUUUUUUCGUUACUAUAUGAUUUCAUGUGUUAUUUCAUAGUUUUGACGUCUUCACUAUUAUUCUACAAUGUAGAAAAGAGUCAAAGUAAAGAACAACCUUUGAAUGAGUAUGUGUUCUAAAACUUUUCACCGGUAAUGUAUGUGUUCAUGAAAUGCCAUUUAUACAGUUGAAGUCGGAAGUUUAUAUACACUUAUGAUGGAGUCAAUAAAACUAGUUUUUCAACCA